AUGGCUCUGCCGACGAUCAGGAGCAAGGCAUUCCCCUACCGAAGGGGCUCCAAUGCCUCCGAAAAUGACUUCUUCGAUAUUGACGACGAGCCCAUUGUGGCCCUGGUCAAGCGCCAAUUUCGGCGUAUCCGCACCUGGGUGAUACUUGCAUUGUUCGUCCUAUUUAUUAUGUGGCGUCAUCGUGAAAAACCGCCGUCUUCUCUGCUACCACAUAUUCAUUAUGAUGAGAUCGACUGGUCACGUUAUGCCUAUACUACGUACGCCACCUCCGAGACCUACUUGUGCAAUGCCGUGAUGGUCUUUGAGGCCUUGCAGCGAUUUGGAUCUCGGGCGGAGCGAGCCUCGCAAGCCUCGUGGGACACGAGCACUGCCAAAUUAUCUGCCUUUGGUGCCGUCGAGUACGAACGCGUCAUCCACCUCGACUCGGAUAUCACCCUGCUGCAACACAUGGACGAGCUGUUCUUUCUCCCUCCCACCACCAUCGCCAUGCCUCGCGCAUACUGGUUAUUGCCGCAUACGAAAACUCUCUCGUCCCUGUUGGCCGUCAUCCAACCAUCCUACCGCGAAUACACUGCUCUGACCGAUUACCUCAAACCGGUCCAAGCCGGCCAAAUUGAAGUGAACUUGACAGAUAUUCGGUAUGACAUGGAAUUGCUGAAUGACCGAACAUACCUCGGCAAUGAUCACGAGGCGUGGAAUCCCGAUCUUGCCCUGGCUGAGGCAAAAUUCGUGCACUUUUCCGACUGGCCGCUGCCCAAACCAUGGAUCAUGUGGCCACAGGAGAUCCUGGCAAAGGUGCAGCCAGCCUGUGACAAAGAUCCAGGGACGCCUAAUGAAAGCGGCUGUCGUGAUCGGGAGUUGUGGAGGAAGCUGUACGAUGAUUUCCGGCGGCAAAGAAAGGAUAUUUGCAAGCUGUUGAGUUAUCCGGCCCCCGUUUAG